AUGGCAAUCUCGACUACCUUUAGCGAAGAGGAUUCUAUCCACAAGGUUGAGUAUCUAGCCAGCGAUAUCAAUACUUCUUCGGUGACUCUCUUUCCCUCCAGAGCUCAAGUACGCCGAGAGAUCAAGGCUGUUCAGCUCAAGCAUGGCACAAACCAGAUAACAAUUGUUGGACUCAGUCAAACGCUUGACCCAGACUCAAUCAGAGUUGAGAGCAAUGGCAGUGCCACUGUCACCAACUUAGAAGUCGAAGAGGUACCCAACCGUCAACUAUUCGACGAAGUGUACCCUCAAAUUGAAUCGGAAUCUGAAUCUGAAUCGGACGACAAUGAAGAGUCCGAUGACGAAGUGAAACCAGAAAGCUCUCAUUUAACAGCCGCCCAGCAUGCGCUCUAUCAACUCAAGGAUAAACUGGACAUGGCCCGCGAUGGCGUCUGCAAUGCGGAGAGGCGGCUCGAGAUUUUGGAAGACAUUAGCAAACUCGGCAACCGCAAGGCCCCCGAUUUUAUCCAAAUUACCCUCGACCACUACAAGGAGCAGCGCGCAAAGGCCUGUCAAGACAUGGUUGAAAACAGAAAGCUGGUAACAGAACUCACCAAGGACGUUGCAAAGGCCGAAAAGAAGGUCAAUAAGCUACAGAGUGAAGAAGAUAAGAAGAACGAAAAGAAGAACAAGGCCAAAGCCAAGGCUAAGAAAGAGAAGGAAAAGAAGAAGGCACUGAAAGACAGAGUCAAGGGCGAAGCCAGACGAGAAAGAGCGCGUCUGCGUAGAGAACAGGAGAGAUUCUGGCCCCUCAAAGUCUACAGCGUGUGCAUCACGUUGGAGGUUGCGGCCUUUACACCUGCGUCUUCACGCCGAGGCUCUACGGCUAGCGAUAUUGACAUCUCAGUGGUUUCAGCUGCCGACGUUCAUGAUGACGUUGAAAAGACUGCUUCUGUUGAGAGCGACUUGGUCUUUUCGUAUGUCACUUCAUCGGCCUAUUGGGUGCCAAACUACGACCUUCAGCUCUCGACGACCAAUGCAUCUGCAUCACUAUUCUUUGAUGCCAUGCUCACCAACCAAACCAGCGAGACGUGGAAGAACUGCAAAAUCACGCUCUCCACCUCUCAGGCGACCUUCUCUGCGCUUGAUGACAAGAUUCCCACUCUCCAGCCGUGGCGCAUCGGCAUCACCUCUGGAUACGUCGGUCGCCGUGAUGACGACAGAAUCACCUGGAGCAGGGAAGAAAUGGUAGCUACGCAUCGGGCUAAGAAUCAGGCCAAGAAUCAGGCCGUUAUGCUGCAAGCUGAAAAUUCCGCCUUCAACAGCACAAAAAUGAAGACAAAGAAGAUAACCAGCAAUAUUGCAAACUCUUUCCAACAAUCAGCCUUUGCUAGCUAUGCUGUUCCUCCUCCUCCUCCAACGGCGCCAGUAGUAACUCAACGAGCUUCAUCUCUCUUUGGAGGCCAAAGCACAGGUUUUGGCAACACUUCUGGUGCAGCAGUGACAAGCGGAGGUUUAUUCGGUUCCGUCACGCCUGCAGCACCAGCUGGAGGUCAGUUCGGUAGUCGCGCAGCCGAGAGGGAAGCAAUCGUCGAACCAGAAUCCGUCCAAGAGGCAGAGGUUGAGAAGCCUUCCAACGAUGAAGACGCCAUCUAUGAUGCCUCCCUCAUGGAAGAGACGGGCCUUACAACCACCUAUGACCUUCCCGGUCUCAAGACCCUCGCUCCCAAAUACAACGGCUCCAAGCAGCGCGUGGCCCGCAUCCCCUUCUCCAACGUCGUCUUCAGCCACACCGUUGUUGCCAAGUACAAGGCUGUAGCGUAUCUCAACGCCAAGCUGAAGAACAGCAGCAAAGUCGCUCUCCUCAAGGGCAACGCGAGCCUCACCCUCGACGGCACCUUCAUGGGCAAGACAUCGCUGCCUCGCUGCAGCUCCGGAGAGUCCUUCAACCUCAGCCUCGGCAUCGACCCUGCCAUCAAGGUCACGUAUGCCAAGCCCGAGGUGCACCGCACAUCAUCCGGCCUGUUCAGCAAGGAAGACAGCGCCGUGUACAUACGCACGAUAACGCUUCACAACACGCGUGCCGUGGGAGGCCGGGCUGUCGACUUGCUCGUGCAGGAUCAGGUGCCCGUCUCGGAGGAUGAGCGGCUGCGCGUGGAACUCUUGUACCCGCGUGGCUUGGUCGUUGACAAUCACAACGGGGUUGUUACUGGCGCGGCUGACAAGGAGGGCCAGAGCAAGGACGACGGUAAUUGGGGUAAGGCUAUUGCGAAGCUCAAGAAGGAGGGCCGGCUGAGCUGGGAUGUGAGCUUGAAUGCCGGAAAGGCGGCUAAGCUUACGCUGGAGUAUUCUGUUUCUAUGCCUGGUGGACAUUCUGCCUAUGAGGUUAUGUGA